GUGACGUCAUUAAGACACAUCUUCGUUUGUCAAGAACGAAGUUUGGAGUUUAUAGUUAUUUGUUACCUUUAAAUGUUCAAUUAAUUAUGUGCAAAAUAUAAAUUAAAUAUCGUAUUUAUUUAAUUAAAGUGAUAAUUUGUCUACAGAUGGAUCCAAAUGCAAUGAGAGGAGCUCAUCAAUUUGCUGGGCCCAAUAGAGGAAGAGGAAGCAAACAAGUACCAUCACAGCCAAAUUAUGGAUACAAUCCUAAUCCUAAUCCGGGUGGCUAUGGACACAGUCCACAGAUAUUUGACGAUACUAGCAUGCCUCCUUAUGCAUCUCAGCCACAAUCUUAUUCACAUAUACCCUCUCAAGGAAAUGUAAUGGGAGAUUGGUCAAGUCAAGGCUAUGGUCAACCUUUCUCCGGGCAACAGGUACUUUCAGAUCCAAUGGCUGCCAUGGCAGUUCAGUAUGGACAGAGGUUCCCAUUUUGA